AUGACGGGGAAAGGGGAGUGGGCGGGGGGAAAGCGACAUGAGAUAGGAUGGGGGAGGAGGGGAGGAGCAGCUGACGGCGCUGUCGACUGUGGCGGGGAUGUUGAUGAUGGUGCCGCAGGUGACGGUGCUGAGGGGAGGGGCGCGAUGAAUGGGACAAGGGGUUAUGGGAAUGAGAGGGCGGAAGGUGGAGAUUUUCUUCCUCUUCCUCCCUGCCACCGCUCUCCACCCCUCUCCCUCACAUCCCUGCCACCGCUCUCCACCCCUCUCCCUCCCAUCCCUGCCACCGCUCUCCACCCCUCUCCCUCCCAACCCUGCCACCGCUCUCCACCCCUGCCCUUUGCCCCUCCGCGCCUGCAGAUCCUAAAGAACGCCGCUCUGCUGCGCACCAACCAGGGCGCAGCGUUGGGCAUCCUGUCGUGGCUGGGCUUCGCCACGGGCUUCCUGGGCAACAUGCUGCUGCUCUCCUACUUCACCGCUAAGCGGGAGCUCUCAGCAUGCCUCGUGCAGGUAGUAGGAGCGGCAUCCACAGCCGUCCUGCUCUCGCAGGUCUACCUCGCGGGGUUCAUGCCCUCACCAGCCUUCACAGCAGUGGCGGCCUAUCUGCUGCUCGGCUGCGCUGUCAACUGCCUGCGCUUCACCCGCCGCCUGCCCCAGCCCCUGUGGGACACGUGGCAGGACGUGAUUGGCGUUCUUGGCCUUGCUGUGCUGCCACAGCACGAAGCUUCCAGGAACCGUCUCGGCGGUGGGCGGGUUACUGUUCAUAGCGGCCAUGCGGAGGGGGCUGGUGGGGCAGCGGUGGCGGGACAGGUGGCAGCUGCUGAGUGGCUGGACCGCCACGCUGCUCUUCAUGGUCAUGCCCGUCGCCCAGCUGCAGUCCAGUCUCUCCUCACCCAGUCUCUCCUCACCCAGUCUCUCCUCACCCAGUCUCUCCUCACCCAGUCUCUCCUCACCCAGUCUCUCCUCACCCAGUCUCUCCUCACCCAGUCUCUCCUCUCCCAGUCUCUCCUCACCCAGUCUCUCCUCACCCAGUCUCUCCUCACCCAGUCUCUCCUCACCCAGUCUCUCCUCACCCAGUCUCUCCUCACCCAGUCUCUCCUCACCCAGUCUCUCCUCACCCAGUCUCUCCUCACCCAGUCUCUCCUCACCCAGUCUCUCCUCACCCAGUCUCUCCUCACCCAGUCUCUCCUCUCCCAGUCUCUCCUCUCCCAGUCUCUCCUCACCCAGUCUCUCCUCACCCAGUCUCUCCUUACCCAGUCUCUCCUCUCCCAGUCUCUCCUCACCCAGUCUCUCCUCUCCCAGUCUCUCCUCACCCAGUCUCUCCUCACCCAGUCUCUCCUCACCCAGUCUCUCCUCACCCAGUCUCUCCUCACCCAGUCUCUCCUCACCCAGUCUCUCCUCACCCAGUCUCUCCUCACCCAGUCUCUCCUCACCCAGUCUCUCCUCACCCAGUCUCUCCUCACCCAGUCUCUCCUCACCCAGUCUCUCCUCUCCCAGUCUCUCCUCACCCAGUCUCUCCUCACCCAGUCUCUCCUCACCCAGUCUCUCCUCACCCAGUCUCUCCUCUCCCAGUCUCUCCUCUCCCAGUCUCUCCUCACCCAGUCUCUCCUCACCCAGUCUCUCCUCACCCAGUCUCUCCUCUCCCAGUCUCUCCUCACCCAGUCUCUCCUCUCCCAGUCUCUCCUCACCCAGUCUCUCCUCACCCAGUCUCUCCUCACCCAGUCUCUCCUCACCCAGUCUCUCCUCACCCAGUCUCUCCUCUCCCAGUCUCUCCUCUCCCAGUCUCUCCUCUCCCAGUCUCUCCUCACCCAGUCUCUCCUCACCCAGUCUCUCCUCUCCCAGUCUCUCCUCUCCCAGUCUCUCCUCACCCAGUCUCUCCUCACCCAGUCUCUCCUCACCCAGUCUCUCCUCUCCCAGUCUCUCCUCACCCAGUCUCUCCUCACCCAGUCUCUCCUCACCCAGUCUCUCCUCACCCAGUCUCUCCUCACCCAGUCUCUCCUCACCCAGUCUCUCCUCUCCCAGUCUCUCCUCACCCAGUCUCUCCUCACCCAGUCUCUCCUCACCCAGUCUCUCCUCACCCAGUCUCUCCUCACCCAGUCUCUCCUCACCCAGUCUCUCCUCUCCCAGUCUCUCCUCUCCCGGUCCCCUCAUCAUCUCUCAACCUCCUCUAGCAUCUGUCCUCCCGCCGUAUGCUUCACGCGGCCCGACCAGCUAGCGGGCAUGUCAGCGCUCUCCUCGCUGCUGGGCAUAGUGGGCAACGGCCUCAUGGUGCCGCGGGCGCUCUUCACACGCGACUUCAUCUGGUUUCUGGGUUGUUCCUGGGGCUGCAUUCUCAUGGGCUGGGGUGUUCUCCUCGCCAUGGCCCUCCACGGCUUCUACCCGCCUCGCCUCUUCAUGGCUGUCUCACUUGCGCUUAUCGGCUAUCUUGCUGCUGUCUUUAAGUUUGAUGCCGAUGCACAUUCACUCCUCAGUCACUCGCUCUACAACAAUCCCCUUCGCAAUCUCACUUUCAUCGGCGGUAACCCAGUAAACCAAGCUCUUCGCGAGCUCGACAACGACUCGCUCGGCGUUCCCGAGGUUGUCGUUAAAGAGUAUCCAGACGCGAUCAAAAUCGUCGCGACCGUUCCGGGCCUCGAGAAGAAGGACCUGCAGGUGCAGGUGCGGGGGAAGGAUGUUGUGACGAUCAGCGGCAAGCGGACCAGAGAGGAGAGGGACAACGACGACAGCAACCGCGUUGUCAAGGAGUUCAGCAGCUUCGAGCGCAGCUUCCGGCUGCCAUGUGACGUGUCUACGAAACAGGUUACAGCAGCAGCGUGGAACGGCGUGCUCACGGUGACGGUUCCCAAAAGAACGUCUUGCAAACAAACGUCUGGUCGCAGGCUCGCGAAUCCAAACGCGAAGGGGAAAGCGAAGGAUGUUCAGAAGCAAGGCGGGCUGAGCGGCGAGCAACGAGUUAGCAAGAAGAGGAAAGUUGUUCACUUUGCCCCUGGGAGCUGA